AUGCUUUCAACCAACAUCCAUGUUCAACCACGAGGACGAAACAUAAUCCCGUCUACUUUCCCGAGACUCAAACGCCAUCGACGGAUCGCUCCGCCGGCCUCCACGUACCCCGUCCAUGAACCCGCUAUCUCUCGCACGACAAAGACCAUCCGUACCGAAGUACUUCCACUACUCUACGCACCUGGUACACCAAUCUCCUACACUUUCCACUCCUGCAGUGCCGCCUUGAUCAGAAGAACACUCCACCGCAUCCACGCCGAAGACAUACCCCUGAAAUUCCAUCUCAGUGCUUUGACCUUUUCUUUGCCCGAAGAACUCGACGAUAAUGGUCUGGCGAUAUCCUGGCUUAUAUCUCUAGCUAUCUGUCUAGCAUGGUGUCUUUAUCCAACAUCAUCAAAUACGGAAGUCAUCGUCACAGAACCCGAGGUCCGCGCCAAAGAACCAUAUGUUGCUGUCAACGAGACAGAACCACCUGUUCGUUCUGAGAAGGUAGAGUUCACUACUGCAACCGACUCGUUGUCCAGAGGAACAGACGCAGGGCUAUCUACUACAGCAACAGAAUUGGUGACCUUUUUCCUUGAGUUCACAUCAGGCUUACCUGCAGAAGAAAUGAAAACCGAAGAGCAAGUCAUCUUCGCUUUGGCAGACUUUCUGCAUGCAAAAGAUGACAAGUGUAAAAACUGUAUUCUGUGGAGAAGUGCUUGGAAAGAAUGCUUGAGGAGAAUCUACGGGGCAGACAUCGCAAAGAGCAUGGCAAAAGAGAGAGAAUUUGAGCCCAACGGAGCUCCGAAGAAUUGA